UCAUGGCGUCGCACGGGGAAGAUGUUCCUGGGGACGAAACAGAGAAAAAAACAGCCCCGCUGUCUUUUGGAUUUACUAAAACAGUUAGCAAAUUCAAACCUUCCUCUGUGGAAGGAGUGACAGAAAGAGAGGACAAAGAUUACUUGACGGGAAUUGACGGGAAAGAGUUGCAGAGUACCAAGCCCUCAGAGAAGCCCAAAGAGCUGAUCAUCCCUCUGAUCCAGAAGAACCGCUGGCACCACCGGGCGGACCGAGCAGCGCCAAGCGAGCCGAGCGUAGCGACUGAAGCCAAAACACAGGAAGCUGCUCCGGAGAAUGACUCUGUGGAGUCCCAGGCCGUCAAAGAGCUCAUUGAAGACUCUCGGAGGCAGCUGGAGGAAUGGCAGAACGGCCCUCAGGCAGAGAACCUGAACCUCUACAUCCCCCUGCUGAUGCAGAACCAAGUCCCCGAGGGUUUCGAGGACGGAGACCACGUGAAGGUGGAUCUGAGGCCUGAAUCC